CAAUAAUAAAGAAUCAGAGAUAUGGGGCUCUCGGCUUCAAAGCGAGUCGCACUCGCUCUUCACAACUCGCCCGAGUUCAACGCAGCAUCUGAGUCAGCAUACACUCAGUGCCUCUCUCUAGCCCAGCACGCCUUCCCCGGAGUCAAAACCUACCAACUCUUCACCGCCACGGAAAACCUCCACCACACCCUAUUCCGUUCCCUCCCGCUCAUCUCCAAGUGGGUUCCGCAUCCCCCGAACCGGGAGCAGGUUGACCGGGCUUGUAAGAUUGUUCUUUCUCGCCGGUCAGUUCGACAGGUUGACAGUGACGAGUCAUUGCUUGAUGAAGUGGAGUUCAAAGCGUUCGCCAUGGAGGUUUUUACCGACGCUGUCGUCUCGAACGCUGGGAAGGAGGUUUUGAAGCGAGUGCCACUUGGGGUUGCUGGGAUUGCUGGCGUUGGGUUGAUUGUGAAGCCCGGGAAGGAAAUUCUCGGGGCAGCAAUUGGAGCGUACGCGCUGGGUGUUGCGACUUCGAUUUAUCUCAGCCUAGCAGGUUAAUGUAAUUUCUGGUGUUGAAGGAUUCCAGCAAGUCAUUAAAAGUUCAAUAUAUGCCUCAGAUUGGUUUAAGUGAAAAUAAAAGUUUUAAUAAAUUUUAACUCUCGUUUGGCUUUCAUUU